AUGUUCGGGGCCGCGUCCGCCGCGCCGGCGACGCCCGCGUUCGGGGGCUUCGGCGCCGCGGCGUCCACGCCCGCGGCGACGCCCGGGCUGUUCGGCGCGGCCGCGGCGGCGACGCCCGGGUUCGGGACGACGCAGCCCGCGGCGACGCCCGGCGGCUCCGGGCUCUUCGGCGCCUCCGCGGCGGGAUCCACCCCGGCCGCGGGCGGCGCCGGCGGUCUGUUCGGCGCCGCCUCGCCCGCGCCCGCGGCCGCGGCCGGCGCCGGCGGCCUCUUCGGCGCCUCCGCGGCGGCGUCCUCCCCGGCGGGGGGGCUGAGCUUCGGCGGCGGCCUCGGCGCCCCCUCCGCCGCGACGACGACGCCGUCGCUGUUCGGAGCGGCGUCCGCGGGCGCGGGCGCGGGCGGCGGCCUCUUCGGCGCGUCCACCGGCGGCGGCGGCCUCUUCGGCGCGUCCACCGGCGGCGUCGCCGCGGGGACGACGACCCCGGGACUCGGCGGCGGCGGCUUCGGAAGCUCCCUCUUCGGCGGCGGCGCCGCCAAUCAACCGGCGGGCGGCGGCGGCAAUCAGCUCGCGCUCGUGGGCCAACAGCCCUCCGCCGCGGGGCCCGUCCUCUCCACGAUAGACGGGCAGCCGGUGAAGCACUACACGCAGUGGAACGAGCUCUCGCCGCAAUCGCAGCAGUACCUGCUUCAGCUCGAGAAGAUCAUCGUCGAGCACCGCGAGGACUCGAAACUUCUCGACGGCGUCGCGCGCCUCCGCGAACACCCCGACGCGCCCGGCCAGAAGGAACGCCGCGAGCUCGAGCGCGACGUCCUCCGCGCGUCGCGCGCUCUGAAGCUCAUCGAGACGCAGCUGUGGAGCGACGACGACCGUCUGCAGACGCUCAAGGACGCGGUUCGCGGGACGUUUCGCGACGCGGAGCACGCGCUCGCGCGGACGCGACGAUUACGCGCGGCGAUGCGCGCCGACGACGAAGCGCGCGCGCACGGGGCGAUCCACCCCGGGCAGCCGCCGCCCGCGGGCGCGGCGCCGGUGUAUCUCCCGCCGCCGACGCACCCGAGCCCGUUCUUGAUGAAGACGGUGGAUCGUCUGUACGCGCAGGCGGAGGGGUUCGAACGCGGCACGCUGGAGCUGGAGCAUAAUUUGCGGACGACGGGACGCGUGCUCGGCGACGGCGUCGGCGGCGGGCCCGGGUUGGAAGCUCUCGCGGUGGCGCUGCACGGCGGCGACGCGAGCGGCGCGGGCGGCGACCUGGAGCUCGUCGGGUUCGAGCGCGGGGACGACCUCAAGCGACCGAAACCGCUCGCGCCGGACGCGGGGCCGAGGGAGGCGCGUUCUAUUCUCACGCCGGUGCGCGCCGCGGUGGAGGACGCGCAGCGGUACUUCAACAAAGUCGGCGCGGACCUCGCGCGGCUCCACGAGAAGGUGCAGAAGGCGAAGGCGGCGCACCUCGCGAAGUGUCGCGCGCGCGGGGACCACCGGGAUCCGUUCGCGGAGGCGGAGAGGGCGGACGAGGAGGAGGACAGGCUCGCGGAGAUGUCGUGGAGGAGACCGGGGUCGCGGCCGAUCGUCACGGGGCCCGCGCCGCAGCAGCAGCAGCCGCAGGGGCAGCCGCUGCCGGGCGCCGCGGGGGGGCAGCCGCUCGCGCUCCCGGGGAUCGGCGGGACGACGACCCCCGCCGCCGGGAGUUUGUUCGGCGGCGGAGGGUUGGGCGGCGGGUUGGGCGGCGGGUCGAUCUUCGGCGGCGGCGCGUCCGCGGGCGCGGGCUUGUCCACGGGCGGCGGGGGGCUCUUCGGCGCGUCUUCGGGCGGGGGUUUAUUCGGCGGCGCGUCCGCGCCCGCCGCUUUGCCCGCGUCCACGGGCUUGUCCGCGGGCGGCGGCGGGGGGCUCUUCGGCGGGCUCGGAGGCGCGAGCGCGGCGUCGAGCGGCGGAACCGGCGGGCUCUUCGGCGGCGCGGCGUCGACGCCGUCAAAUACGAUCGGCGGCGGGGGGCUCUUCGGCGGCGGCGGCGGCGCGAGCGGCGGCGGCGGGCUCUUCGGCGGCGCGUCGUCCGCGGCGGCGUCGACGGGGCUCGGCGGUUUCGCCGGCGGCGGCGGCGGGCUGUUCGGCGGCGCGUCGUCCCCGGCGGCGGGCGGCGGGCUCUUCGGCGGAUCCGGCGCGCCGGCGUCCUCUCCCGCGCCGGCGACGGCGGGCGGGCUCUUCGGCGCGUCGUCCCCGGCGGCGGGCGGCGGGUUGUUCGCCGGCGCGCAGCCCGCGGCGUCGUCGCCGAGCGCGGGCGGGUUGUUCGGCGCGCCCGCGGCGGGAGCGGCCGCGCAGCCCGCCUUUGGCGCGCCCGCGUCGACGGGCGGCUUCGGCGCGCCCGCGGCGACGGGCGGCUUCGGGGCGCCCGCGGCGACGGGCGGCUUCGGGGCGCCCGCGGCGACACCAGCCUUUGGCGCCGCCGCGGCGACGCCAGCGUUUGGCGCGGCGGCGGCGACGCCUGCGUUCGGCGCGGCCGCGGCGACGCCGGCGUUCGGCGCGCCCGCGGCGACGCCAGCGUUCGGCGCGCCCGCGGCGACGCCAGCGUUCGGCGCGCCCGCGGCGACGCCAGCGUUCGGCGCGCCCGCGGCGACGCCCGCGUUCGGCGCUGCGGCGACGCCCGCAUUCGGUGCCCCCGCGCCCGCGUCGGCGGGUUUUGGGGCGCCGGCCCCCGGUAGCGGCGGAUUCGGGGCGCCGGCGAGCGCGCCGUCCGCGUUUGGCGCUCCAUCGGCGCCGAGCGCGUUCGGGCAACCACCGCAGCAGCAGUCCGCGUUCGGCGCCCCAUCGGGCGGCGGCGCGUUCGGAGGAGGAGGAGGAGGAGGAGGGGCGUUCGGGGGAGGCGGCGGCGGCGGCGCGUUCGGGGCGGCGCCGGCGGCGGCGCCGGCGGCGGCGGCUUCGCCGUUUGGCGGCGGCGGGUUCGGUCAGCCGUCGUCGCCGACGGCUUUCGGGGGCGGCGGCGGCGGCGCGUUCGGCGCGCCGAGCGCGGCGUCGCCGUUCGGGGGAGGCGCCGGCGCGUUCGGGUCGCCCGCGCCGUUCGGCCAGAACCCGGCGACGCCGCGACGGAAGCCGACCGCGCGAAGGAGGUACUAG